AUGCCUCCUGCUGCUUUGAAUAAGUUGGUUGCCCUGCAGAGGACGCGGCUCGCCGAGCUUAAAAGUAUCCAUCGUCGGUUAGUGGCUAGACCGCUUGCGUCCCUCGAGGUCGAUCUGAUUCAGCCGGGAAUAGAUGCGUUGGCUACGGUAUUUGCGGCGGUGCGGCAGACCCACGAAGAGACCGCAGUCAGAUCGGACGCCGUGAGCGACCCGUAUAUGAUAGAAGAUGAAAUAGAGAAAAUCCGUGAGGCAUAUGAUGAAGCCUUUCGUGCGUUUGUAGCGUUGCGUCGACAGCUUAUCCAAGCGGAGGCGCCAUCGCCCACAAGGGAAUCUUCCAACCCCCAKGGGUCCGGAUUAGAUCCGAAUUAUUCGCAGCUCCCAAAGAUGUCUCUGCCGAAGUUUUCGGGCGAGGAGAACUUUUUCGACAGUUUUAGGUCCAUGGUGCACGAUGCGCCGCGACUGGACGAUACCACCAAGUUGCGAUAUCUGAAAUCGUGCCUAGUCGGUGAGGCUGCAGGAUGGAUUAAAGAUGUGUCGACUAGCACUGCGAAUUAUGCUAGCACUUGGGAGGCGUUAAAAGCACGGUAUUAUAAUCCGAUGCUCAAUCUGUUCAACAAACUUCAGGCAUUGUUGGAUCUUCCGCGUCUUAGGAGGGAGUCCAUCGCGGAGCUGCGUUCACUCCUUGAUAGAUUGCAGUGUAUCGUUAGGUCUUUGAAGAAUGCGGGUUGGCCGGUAGACAGCAAGGAUAGUAUACUUUAUUUCUUGCUGGUUACGCGAUUGAAUGUGGACACGCGCAACUCGUGGAAUGCAGAACUCAUCUCGAUGGAGGGGUUGAGCAGAGCUUCAGGAUCGGAGUCAGGAAGGAGAGGCGCUCCUGGGCCCUGCUUUAUGCCCACGUUCGCGGAAUUGGUCGGAUUUCUCGAGAAUUGGACGCGGGUUUGUGCGGUGCAGGGGGAAAAACGAGGGGAAAAAAGGGUAGCCCCUCCUCCUAGAUUAGGUCUCCCUCGCAAGGUUCACCAUUCGAGGGGUCCGGGGAUCACGACUAAGGGGGUUGGAAGUGGUGUCCAGUGUCCACUUUGUUUUGGUCCACACCAGGUGACAGGGUGUGAUCGGUUCAGGUCAAUGGCGGUACCGGAGCGGAUACGAGAGGGUGGGCGUUUGGGCUUGUGUUCUAAUUGUCUCAGGUAG